AUCAAUUUCGGUAUUAUUAGUUCAAUUUGCUUCAGUAAUUAUUCCAAUAUGGCGAAGUUCAUGGUUGUAUUACUAUCUCUCACUUCAGUGGGUAUGCUCGCCUCCUGUGACAUACCCAAUGUUUUCGAGUUUUGCACUGCUCUCAUGUCUGACAGUCAAAAAUCUUGCAAUACGGCGACAUGUCAAGGAAGGCCAGGCAAGAGAGGCCCAGUUGGCCCUCGAGGAAACAAAGGUGUAAAAGGUAACACUGGCGCAACAGGGACAUCGGAAGCACUUGGAGCAAGAGUAAGACAAUUAGAAGAUACAAUUAUCAUGAUGAAGAAAGUAUUCACACCGAAUCAGAAACUCGAAUUUUGCGCAAUGGGCAUGAAGUCAAGAGACAUUGCGGAUGCAGAUAUUUCAACCUCUUCCGAUUGGGAAAGUUUCCAUCAUGGACAAUAUGGAAGAUUAGAUGAACAGCCUGCAUCAAACCCAACUUCCUAUGGAUCAUGGAUUUCUCGAAAACCUCAAAUCGGAGACUGGAUUCAAAUCGAUUUAAAAAUUCCUAAAGCAGUGUCUGGAGUUGUAACACAAGGUAGGCCUAGUUAUGAUCAAUGGGUUACUUCGUAUAAAAUCAAGUGCGGAAAUUCUACAAACAGUUUCCAGACCAUCAUGGAAAAUAAUCAAGAGAAGGUAUUUCCGGGAAAUAAUGACCGAAAUACCAAAGUCACAAAUUUAUUUCCCAAUCCAGUGGUUUGCCGCUACGUGCGACUCUAUCCACAGCGUUGGCACGGACAUUUGAGCAUGAGAAUGGAAAUACUCCGUGGAGAAUGCUACGAUUUCUACUGAGAAAUCAUUCAAGAUUUUGAGUUGAAUUUGAUAUUCAGUUUAAAAAAAGUGUAAAUUUUCGUUGUUAGAAUUUUGUUAUUCCAAUACUCUAUAGCCAACUUUUGAUCUUAUUUUGACUUGUUGUGAUGUCAUGAGUACUGCUAGAUAAUCACUAGACUGAAAUGUCAUAAACUUUUAUACUGUAAAGAGAAAAACUUAAGUUUAACACAGCACAAAUGGACCUUUCCCCGACCUUUGACCCCCGAAAAAUUCUUCCUAUACUUUACCAUUGCAACAUUUUGGGGGCCAGUUCAAGAGUGCUAUUGCGAGUUGGCACCUGUAAAAUGGGGUUUGUGUUUCAAAUCAUCAUUAUGAUUCAUGGCAUAAAACAAUCUGUUUUUUAAAAAUACUGGUAAAGAAUUUUAGCCUAGUCUAUCACAGCUAUUUGUACACUAA